CAAUCAGCGCUGUAUGUUAGUUAGUAUAUUGCUUGACGUAUCAUAAUUGUUGACCAUUGUCGUAAAUAAAAUAAAUCAAUUACUGUAAACAGCCGACUCUUACGGAAAUUAUAACAUAACAAAUUAUUUAAACAUUAUAAUAAAUAAAUUACUGAAUUUUUAUAAAAAAUAAAAAUGGGAAAAAAAACAGUUGCUUCAGUUACUAAAAGCAAAGAAAAACGUCAAGCGCGAAAGUUAGAACAGCGUCGCAUAGCUGAUGGAAUGUCAUAUGUUACCUCAGCAAACAAAUUGAAAGAGUUGGCUCCCUUGUGUAAGGAGUUGCUUGUCUAUAGUAACAAGGACUUAGAGAUAGACAUGUACAUCCAGAAGGUAUCAGAACUUGACAAAAAAGUCUUGGACUGGGCCAUCAAUCUGACAGAAAGAAACAUGAAAUCCUUGUAUGAAACAUGUGCAUGGGGCUGGAACAAGGAUGAUAAAGUGGAACAAAUGAUGGAUGACACAGCGUGGUACCUGAUAGCUAAGGAUAAAAAUAACAAACUUCAAGCAUUUUCACAUUUUAGAUUUGAUAUGGAUUUCGGUGAUCCAGUACUCUAUUGUUACGAGUUGCAAAUCGAGGCGGAAGGAAGGCGCCGCGGUCUGGGACAGCGUGUGAUGAGCGUACUCGAGCGGCUAGCGCAGGCAACGCGCAUGCGCUGCGUGCGGCUCACUGCGCUCACACACAAUCCAUCCGCCGCUGCAUUCUUCAAGGCUUGUGGAUACAGCCUCGACGAAACAAGUCCUCCAAAAGAAGAAAUUACACAUUACGAAAUCUUAAGUAAAGCUACCGAGGCGGCGGCAAUGGAAGAAGAUACUUUGACAGAACGACCAAAUACACGAACAGAACUUGCGGCCUCUUAAGAAUUGUUCGUAAUACUUUAAAUGAAAUUGAAGUUUCUUAUCAAUUUUCAAAGUUAAACAUGAGAAAUAAAACAAAUAAAUGAA